GAUGCAGGAGAGGAUGGCUGCAUUUAAGUCGUCUUGGAUGCGCGUGGAAUUCGUUUUCUUUUCCUUCGAAACUCUCUGUGUCUAGGAUCGCAAUCGCACCCAAAUGUAAACGCACUCGAGCAGCUGCAGCAAGGACACGCUCGGUAAAACACACACACACACACACUCUCUCUUUUACACACAAUAACAUUAUGGAAUUCAUCAAGCAAUUAUGUGAUUUUUAAGCGAAUACUUAACAACUAUCAAACAAUAAUUGAUGAACGCGAACGGAACGGAAACGGAAACUAUUUAGAUGCUAAGCAUUCGAGUGGCGAAAAUCAAAGAAAGAAACACUGCAAAACCAAAUUCAAAUUCUAAUUCUAAUUGCAAUUAUUUUUAGCUCCUAAGAAGGAAUCUAGACUUUAAACGCUGUCGCUUAGUGAAAGGCAGGAAUGGUUUACGAUUUAUAUACGAUGUGUUUUACCUUGGCAUAAGAAAGCAUUUUUCACCUCUCUAGAUGAGUAUUGUACAUAUACAAAAACAAUUUACCUAUUUGUUAAACGAGUGCUGAAUUUUGGGCAGAUUAUAAAUAGUUGUGUAAUUCGAUAAGUGAGUAAAAUUAGCAACGAAAACUGCGAGCUACAAAGUGGGAGGAAAAUUAUCUUUUCAGCAUAUCCUUCUUUUUAUUGGAAUGUGGAAUAACGUCAUCUUCAUUUAAAAAUUUUCAAACCGCAAAUAGAUAAGCCGCCUUACUCGGAAUUGGCUGAACUAUUUCCAAAAAGUUAUUUCUAUUAAACAUAAGUUCUGUCAAGUCCUAAAUCAAGUCAUAAAUGCCGGUCAUAAAUGACACAAUACCUUGCUAUAUGGACUUCUGAAUUUAGACACCCAACUACUAACUUACCGCCAGUCUGGUGCGGUUGAUUCACCGGCAGAUUGGUUAUCAUGUCCGGAUAACCUGAUAAGGUAUCGGUUUUCUAGGUGUUGCCUAGCAGCCCCCAAGAAAUAACGAUUAGAAUUGCUUAGUACAUUCAAGCAGCUCAAUCGAUAUGGACGGUAACACUUGGCUUCACUUCAGCCACGGAGCAAUCCCCCAGGCAGCCGUAGUGGCUGGCCACGAUUCCGAUGGCGACACCAUCUUCAUUGGCCGCGCCUUCUACUGCAACGACAUGCUGCCGGCCAAGAUUAUCCCCAACAAGGGCAAGGCCUAUGUGGCCUAUGCCAACCAGGAGGUGGAGCUGGAGAACUACGAGGUCCUGAGCGGUCUCAACUACGAGUGGCUGCCGGCCGAGAACGGCGAGGUGCCACCCGGCGCCGUCAAGGUGGGCCAGAAUGUCGACGGAGAGACUUUGUACGCCGGCAGGGGCUACCAUGCCGGCAGCUUGACCGUGGGCAAGGUGCAUCCGUCCCACGGCUGCCUGUACAUUCCCUACGAUUCCGAGGAGGUGAAGAUCUUCGCCUACGAGGUGCUGUCCCGUCGCAUGGAGGCGAGAUAGGCGUUCUAUUUCCAGUUAUUGCCUGUUAAUCACAAAUAAAUUCGACACUUUUGUA